CUCCAUAAAGUGUGUGCGUGUGUAACCGUCAAUUCAGGCGCGUGAAAGGCGUGACGUCACAUGUAUUUUAUUUUGUCUCGUAACGGAAGAAUGCAGUGGUUCACUUCCGAUGUCGUAGGUCAAUGCCGCGCUGAAGAUGGCGGCGCCCGACGAGUUGUUUUGCUGGGAAGGAGACUGGGGCCUGCCUUCCGUAAGCUCCGACUCUCUGGUGGUUCUGGCCUACGCUCAGUUCGCUGGAGCCCCACUCAAACUUCAGAAGACGUCUAAUCCGUGGAGGAGUCCGAGCGGUUCACUUCCUGCUCUCAGGACCAGCCAGAAGGAGGUUCUGUCCAGACCCGCUGACAUCAUCAUCCACUUGAGGAAGCAGAAAUACAACGCUGACUAUGACCUCUCCGCCAAAGAGGGGGCCGACAGUCUGGCACUCAUCUGCUUGAUGGAGGAGAAGCUGCUGCCUGCACUGAUCUACACCUUCUGGGUAGAGACGAAGAACUACGUGGACGUGACGCGCCGCUGGUACGCUGACCACAUGCCCUUCCCCCUCAACUUCCUGCUGCCCUGGAGGAUGCAGAGCCAGGAGCUAGAGAGGCUGAGGAUGCUGCGGGGGGACGCUACUCUGGAGGCGGGGGAGGAUCUGGAGAAGGAGCUGUACCGAGACGCCGUGGAGUGCAUGAACCUGCUGGCCCACCGACUGGGCUCACACAAGUUCUUCUUCGGAGACUCACCCUCAUCUCUAGAUGCUUACGUGUUUGGGAACUUGGCUCCAGUCCUGAAGGCCAAACUGCCCAACAACAAACUGCAGCAGCACCUCAAGUCUCUGGACAACCUGAGCAGCUUCUGCACCAACAUCCUGCUGCUUUACUUCCCCCGGGACGGACGAGAAACCCCCAGCCAGAAGUCGACUCCUCCUCCACCAGAGACCGGUGACAUGGACCACAUUCCCAACAAGCGCAGAAAACAGUUCCUGUCGGUCGUGGUGGCCCUGGGCGCCAUGCUGAGCUACGCCCUGCUGACCGGCAUGGUGUCCAUUCAACACCAGGCGGUGCUGGAGGAGCCACCUGAUUUGGAGUCCCUGGACUCUCCAGAUCACGAGCGCGGCGAUGAAGACUGAGUAAUGCCUCUGGAGAAGUAGGUUCGUCUGUAGCCAGUGAGAGGUGGCCACAACUGUCCAGCAUUCACGCAAUUCAACUGACGACCGCCGCCUGCUGGACAUCUCUGGAACUGCACUAGGACUUUUUUUUAAUGAUUUUAUGGUUCAACACGAGUGAUUUGUGUUCUUUGAUCGCAGGAGUCA